CCCUAGAUUAGUCAGUUUGCACACAAUUCGAGAAAUUGACUGCAGUCACGACCCUCAACUUUCGAUUUGCCAUUGCCAAUCCACGGUCAACUACACAACACCUUGUCGCCUUCAACGCACAACCAGCGGCAAGAUGCGAACCUACGAGGACACCUUCUCCGGCGCGAGAAUCUACCCUGGCAAGGGUAAGCUCUACGUCCGUGGCGACAGCAAGAUCUUCCGAUUCCAGAACGGCAAGUCGGAGUCUCUCUUCCUGCAAAGGAAGAACCCCCGCCGUAUCGCAUGGACCGUCCUCUACCGCCGACAGCACCGCAAGGGUAUCUCUGAGGAGGUUGCCAAGAAGCGAACCCGCCGCACCGUGAAGUCCCAGCGAGGCAUCGUUGGUGCUUCUCUCGACGUGAUCAAGGAGAAGCGCAACAUCCGACCCGAGGCCCGUUCCGCUGCCCGAGCCCAGGCCAUCAAGGAGAGCAAGGAGAAGAAGCAGGCCGACGCUGCUGCCAAGAAGUCCGAGAAGGCUAAGCUCGCUGCCCAGGCCUCCAAGGGCCAGGCUGUCCGACAAGUCAGCAAGCAGGGUGCCAAGGGCUCUGCCCCCAAGGUUCAGGCCAAGACCCGUUAAGUUAGGAAUGGACUUUGAGGGAGGAUGAAAAUGGGAGAGUGGAGUCCGUGGUUCUUGUGUCUUUGUCCGGCCGGUUCUUCUACAAUCUCGGGUGCAUGGAUUGCCAAUAGGGUGCAUUGAUAGCUGAGCAAUGCAAAAUGGUCAAACAAAAACCGCAUCUUUUUUGUGCCGUGAUGAACACGGGCUGUCCAAUCGUAUGGUGGCUAGGUAAAUAAGUCAUGGCGUCGAUCAGGGUACUAGCAACAUGUUUUGGUAGAUUUAACGACAAAAUGCCUUAUGAUACGAGAACAGGCUUCGCAAAGAAAAAGAAAGAAAAAAACGUUUCAGACCAAGGUCAUUUUCGGAUGCUUCGAAGUGAACGCGCGUCGAUCUAUCAUCAUCCUUCAUGUUUCAUGUCUAUAUUCUAUUCCUUUGGUGGAUUGCAAUGCAACUUCAAUUACAGCUGGGCCAGUACACCCAGGGCACCGGACUUCUCGAUGCUCCCAGGCUCCUCAUCCCUUGCAGCGUACACGACCUUGCCUUGGUCGACAAUAAUCGCAAAGCGUCCAGUUCGCUCACCGAUAUUCCAGCCGAUGGUUUGGGAGAACUUAGCAUCCUUGUCGGACAUGAAGAGCUGGUCAAGUUAAUAUUGUGAUGCUGGCUUGUUGAAUUAAAGAGAAACUCACGAUCUUGUCGUCGGUAAUACCGUUGGCCUUGGCCCAGCCGCUCAUGACAAAGGGGUCAUUGACAGCAAUGACAAUGACCUGAUCAACGCCCUUGGCCUUGAUCUUGUCGACGUGUUCCAAGUAGGAAGGAAUGUGAGAGCCGGAGCAAGUAGGUGUGAAAGCACCUGGGAUAGAGACAAGAACGACCUUCUUGUUCUUGAAUUCUGUAUUGAGCGACGUCAGCAUGCUCGAAUUCUAGACGAGACAUGAAUGUGAGAUCACAUACCUUGGCUGGCGUUGAAAGGGACAGGUGUACCACAAGUAGUGAACUCAGAGGUUUCAGGCGAGGGGGGGAUGUAGCUGAACCAGACACCCUCCGGGAAGCUAUCACCGGCCUUAAGCUCAGACAUUUUGGCUUUAGCUAAGAAGUUUUUGUGUGUGUAAGUGUAAGUUGGGCAAGAGCAGAAGAAGACGUGUAUCGAAGUAUGAGGAAGAGAGACUGAAUCACGCCCAAUUUCGAGG